GCCCCUCAGCUGCUUAGAGCGCUGGCGCAGGCGCAUGCCCCGCCACGCUUGAUCUGCAUCGGCGGUUACAACUCGAACUGGAAUAGGCAUGAGCCCGUGACACAAGACGCAGAUGCCAACGGCUGCGAGACAUCGGCAGAAGUAGUUUGUUCACUCACAGGUGACUCUGUCAGCAGUCGCUGGCGUUGCAUGCUGCCCCCGAUGCAGCAUCAUCGAGCUGACCUCGCUGUUGCUUCAGGUGGCCUGGCCUCAACUACACUUUUCGCCUUGGGAGGGCGCCACGGGGAAUCGAGACACGUCUCUGUCGAGAGGUUGGACCUCAUCAGUUGGCAGCUCCGCGGCGAGGGCUGGCAACCAAUGCCACCGAUGCUGUUCGGCCGAUCCGGGCUGGCCGCAGCCGUCCUUGGCGACGGCCUCAUCGUAGCAGGUGGCCGUGGGCACCAUGGAGUACUAAGGGAGGUGGAAUAUUGCAGCUUUGCCGGUGAGAGCUUCACAGCCUUGCCGCCUUUGGCUGAACCACGCAGGGGCCUCAGAGGGCCGAAAGUCUCGAGUCGGGCCGGGCUCCAUGUCGGGGUGAGGCUACAAGAAAGGAGAAGGUCCAGAUGA